AUGACACUUUUAUUAUAUGUCUUGUCGCUGCUGGUGGUUGACGUCCAAAGUUAUAAUUUAGAUGUGCAAAACAUCCAAGUAUUUGAGGAUCCACAAAUUAGCAAAAAUGGUCGUCCAAGUUAUUUUGGUUUUUCGGUGGCUCUUUACUCGUCGGGCUCGGACUCGGUAUUACUCGUGGGAGCUCCACGGGCGAAUUCCUCAGCAAUGAGAGGUGGUUUCAUUGAACCUGGCGCUGUGUAUUCAUGUCGUCUGGCUUCCAAUGGCUCGUGCAUUGAAUGGCCGGUCAAUCCGACUCCGCAAACUCUAACGGCUAAUCGGAACUCAAUGGACUAUGCGUGGCUUGGCGCUACAAUCAGUGUUCAAAACACGACCAAACCUAAAGUUGUGGUUUGCGCACCUCGCUGGACGAACAUGUUUAACGAUGAAUCCCAUAACUGGUACCCGAACGGCAUGUGUUAUUCUAUGCUUGCAAACGACGUAUCAAGUUUUUCUCGAGCCGCUACACGCAAACACAUGCCAAUGUCAGGCGUCAGCAAGCAAACAUAUGUCCUGCCGAGUGACGUACACGAGAGAAAAGCCGUAUAUCAUCAGGCUAUGGGUCAAGUUGGCUUUUCAAUGCAUAUCACACCUGGUAUCUUUGGCAAUUUGAUUCUCGGUGCUCCGGGUUUUUAUCAGUGGACAGGAACAACGGUAUUCCUGGAUGAGCGCGCUCAACGCAGCCCUUCGGCUGGCAUUGUUACGAACGUGCUUGACGAUUCGCACUUGGAAUUCAAUAGCUACCUAGGCUAUUCCGUAACUUCUGGUCGAUUCUACAAACUGAGCGAGCGUCUGUAUGCCUCGAGUGCUCCUCGUAACGGAAUGGGCAAAGUACUCAUUCACGGCGUACCGAGAUGGACCAGGGAGAACACGUUCAGGAAUGUAUUCGAAGGCGAGCAGUACGGGGAGUACUUUGGUGCCAGUUUGACGUCGUGCGACGUCAACGGCGACAGCAGAGACGAUUUGAUCAUCGGCGCUCCUUUGUGGUCCAGAGUAUCCGACGAAGGACGAGUAUACGUCUACAAGACCAGAGGCCAAAUCGAGUUCCAAGUGCAGACAAUGGAAGGUGCACAGGAAAGCGGCCGUUUCGGCACAGCGGUCAACUGCCUGAACGACCUUGACUUUGACGGCUACGCGGACGUGGCCGUGGGUGCACCCUACGAGGACGACGGUCAAGGAGCUGUUUAUAUUUUCAAUGGCUCGCCCGAAGGCUUGUCACUUCAGCCCUCGCAGCGUAUCCACGCUGUUGACUUGCCGAUGAAUCUGCGGGGCUUCGGCAUGUCCAUUUCCGAGCCAAGAGACGUCGACGGCAACCGCUUCCCCGACGUAGCCUUCGGCGCUUAUGGCUCUGGGCACGCGUUGUUGAUUCGCAGCCGGCCUGUCCUUACGCUCCAUCUCAGUCUGGUCAAAUGGCAAAACUUCACUCUCGUGCAGAAUUCCACUUACUUUAUCCUCGAUCUUUGCGCAUUCUACGAUGGACCUUUUGCACCUGCCACUUUCCUUGUAACGAAAACGUUGACUAUCGACGAAGUGCACAAACGUGCUAUUGUGUAUCAGGAUGGAAGAUUAUUUGGCAACAUUUAUAAAGUUUCAAAUACGUUGAGAAAAGGAGAGGAAAAGUGUGCACCUAUCAAAAUCAAUCUAAAGAAAAACAUUCAAAAUGUAUUGGAUCCAAUUGAAAUAAUAGGCAAUAUAAUAUCAAACGAAAUUCCUAACUGCUCAUAUUGCCCCGUAAUAAAUCUAAGAUUAUCAAAAAUCUCAGACAAUCUAACACUCGCAUAUAUUCUCGACUGUGGGUCGGAUGACGUUUGUCAUUCUGAUUUACAAGUUACAAUUUCCAGUGCCUCGAACAGUGACAACAGUUUUAUAAUUGGAUCGAAUUCUACUUAUAACAUUAGUAUUUUUGUUGAAAAUACCGCAGAACCUGCAUACGAAAGUCAAGCGCACCUUUAUAUUCCAUCGCCAAUUACAAUGGCCAGAAUACCCCCAGAGUGCGAUGAGAAACAGGAAAUUAAUAAAACCUUGGAGGUUGUUUGUAGUCUUGGUAAUCCGCUAAGAAUUAAUAAUACUGUGAUUAUGGAAUUAGAUAUGCGAGCUAUCAACUAUUACGAUGAAUCGAACUCUAUCAAAGUACUAGUUACAACGCAAAGCGAAGAGAAAAAUUCAUCUAAUAAUCUGGCAACAUUGGAUAUCGCUUAUUUCGUUGAUGCAAAUAUCACAAUUGAAGGGAGAUCGGAUGAAGAUUUAGAUCCAUUUGAAGAGCAAGACAUAGCCGAUAACAAUUUCAAAACUGUAACUUUCAAUCAAAUUUAUAAAAUUUGGAAAAUUGGUGUUACUCCCUUGCAAGAAAUCCUUGUGAUUAUUAAUGUGCCCAUUUAUUGGAAUGAAGAAAAGAUAACGAAAAUUCAAAAAAUACGAGCAUCUGUUGACGGGAAAGAACAUAACUGCGACGGAUUAUUCAAUAAAAAAUUGAAUUCGUCAUUAUACGACUUUGAAUAUACUAUUAACAAACAUAAUAGUUUCACAACUCCUUCAGAACAACAAAUAUUCUUUAUUAAUUGCACAGAUCAACAUACGAAAUGUCAAAAAUUUGAAUGCCAACUAGGUCCAUUACUAAAAAAUCAGUCACUAGCUACGCUUACUGUGACGAUAGAUUUUCGCCUGCCUAAUGCUACUAAGAACGAGUAUAAAGGCAAAGAUGUUAUUUAUUUUGUAACCGAAGGUUUUGUUCAAACUUCAAAUUUAACAGUAAAACUGUUCAAUGAUUUAUUUGAUUACAAAUUACUAGCUACAAAUCUCUUAAUUCAUCGUAAACCAGAACAAGUUGCGAUAUGGAUUAUUAUUGUAUCAGUAUUACUAGGAGUAAUUUUGAUUCUGCUUUCAGCAUUAUUUUUAAAGGAAAUAGGAUUUUUCAACCGUAAACGUAAAGAAGAUUUAGAUGUUACGCGGACUACAAAUCAACUGACCGUUGUAAAUGAUUGAAGAUUGAAAUAAUCAGUUGAAUAAAAAAAGUGACUCCUUUGGAAUUUGGAUAUUUUCGAAAUCAAAGGUGCACAUAAUAAUUACGACGUAAAUGAUCGUUACAAUAGGUGAUGAAA